GUGACACUCACGUUGGCAUUCAUAUCAAGGCAACUCCUCAGACCUUGCUUACCAGUGCCUUGACAACAAACACACAGUAGUCACAAUUAGUCUGUUAGAAGAUUCGCAGAUUUUCGCGUUACUUACAAAUUACAAAAAUGCCGAACAUCAUCAAUGACAUUAAGUUAGACUUCAAAGAUGUUUUAUUAAGACCAAAAAGAAGUACCCUAAGGAGUCGAUCUGAUGUGGACCUCUUUAGAGAAAUAACGUUUCGUAAUUCAAAACGUACAUACCGAGGUAUACCAGUAAUGGCCUCGAAUAUGGAUACUGUAGGAACUUUUGAAAUGGCUAAAGCAUUAGCCAAGCAUGGUGUUUUUACAGUAGUUCAUAAGUAUUAUACUCCAGAAGAAUGGAAAGCAUUUGCUGCUGAAAAUGUUGACUAUCUUCAACACAUGGCAGUAUGCUCAGGAACGAGUGAUAAUGACUUUGAACGUUUGAAGAGUAUUAUUGCAGUUGUGCCAGGUAUUUCUUUCAUCUGUUUAGACGUUGCCAAUGGAUAUUCACAACAUUUUGUUGAGUAUGUAAGAAAAGUCCGUACAGAAUUCCCGAGCCAUACAAUAAUUGCAGGAAAUGUUGUUACUGGUGAAAUGGUUGAGGAAUUGAUCCUCUCAGGCGCAGAUAUUAUUAAGGUUGGCAUUGGACCUGGAUCUGUUUGUACCACAAGAAUGAAAACUGGGGUGGGUUACCCUCAAUUAAGUGCUGUAAUUGAAUGCGCAGAUGCAGCUCAUGGAUUAAAAGGUCACAUUAUUUCGGACGGAGGAUGUACGUGUCCUGGAGAUUUAGCUAAGGCUUUUGGUGCAGGCGCAGAUUUUGUCAUGGCUGGUGGUAUGUUUGCUGGCCAUGAUGAAUGCGGUGGUGAAGUUAUUGAAAAAAAUGGAAAAAAAGUCAAGUUAUUUUAUGGAAUGUCUUCCAAUACUGCAAUGGCAAAACAUGCUGGAGGUGUUGCAGAAUACAGGUCUUCGGAAGGUAAGACUGUUGAAGUGCCUUACAGAGGACCUGUAGAUACAACGGUUUUGGACAUCCUGGGAGGUCUUAGAUCAGCAUGCACAUAUGUAGGAGCCUCUAAAAUACGAGAACUUCCUCGACGUGCAACAUUUAUACGAUGCACUCAACAGCUUAAUAACAUGUAUGGAUCAUCAGAAAUUUAAUGUUGCGUAAAAAGUUUUUAUAUUUUACUAGACCAAUUGAUUUUAAACGAUAAAAAAAUUAAUAGUUGCUUAAAGAAAUAUCAAUAGUUAUUCGACAAUUAUUUAAGUCGUUGAAUCAUGCAACAAAGCUUUUUAGUUAUUGAAGUUUAAUCAAAAUAUUUGAAAUUCGCAUUAACUAUUGAAUUACACACUGUCAUGAUAAAUGAAUAAGUCGUAAUGCAAUGACAAUGUUGAUAACAGCUUAUAAAUUAUAUUAUUCAUUGCAGUGUCAAUAUUUUUCUUCGAAAAAAUCGUAAAACAAGACGGAACUGUUAUUCGCUUACAUUCAUAUCAAAGUUUCAAUGUACUCGGUUUUAUUUUAAUUAUUUUUAUGUAUGUGUUAUCAUUGGAAAGAAAAAAUGAUAUUACAAAAUUCGAUUAACAGAUAAUUUUAAUGAUAUGAAAUAGUUUCUACGCACACUUAAUUAUUGGUCUAGACGUUUUACGGUAACAGUAUUGAUAUAAUUAAGAUACUAAGUAUUUAAUAUGAAAAGGAAUUUGAUCGAGUCAUUAAUAAAGCGUAUUUUCUAAAUAAUUCUUAUUCAAAAAUUGAUAAUUAUAAAAGAUGAUAUCGAAAUUAAGUUUAUUGAAUAUAAGCUAUGCUUUAAAAUAGACCAAAAGACUGUAAUAUUUGUAAUUUUCAAUUCUGUUACGUAUUUAUAAUUUGAGUAAAUUAAUUAAUAUAUUGUUUUGAUGUAAUAGUAUGGUGUGAUAAAUAAUGUACGAUUAUAUCCAAAGAUUGCUGUUAACGAUGAAUUUAUUUAUUGUAAAAAUGGUGAAUUAUAAAUGAAUAUGUUGUCUCGUUAUUAAAAAAAAAAUGAAUAAAAUCAAAAUGCGCCUA